UCCUCACACACUAAAAGCUUUGCAAAAAGAUAAACAAAAACCAUACAGAAGCUUAUCUACUUUACUUAUCUAUCUCAAAACCUUCUUCUCUCUUUUAAACCAAAACCAAAAAACAUGCCUGAGGCACCAAAACACGAGUCUUUAGAGGUUUUCGAUCUGAUGACGCUUGACCAAAAAAACAAGCAAAAGCUUCAGUUGAUCGAAGACCUGACCUCUAACGCCGACCAAGUCCAGAGACGGGUCUUGGAGGAGAUCUUGACCCGCAAUGCUGACGUCGAGUAUCUCAGACGACAUGACCUCAACGGUCGCACAGACCGUGAGACUUUCAAAAACGUCAUGCCUGUUAUUACUUACGAAGAUAUCCAGCCUGAGAUCAACAGGAUCGCUAAUGGUGAUAAAUCCCUUAUCCUCUCUUCCAAACCCAUCUCUGAGUUCCUCACCAGCUCUGGGACAUCUGGUGGGGAGAGGAAGCUAAUGCCAACAAUCGAAGAGGAGCUAGACAGAAGAUCACUCCUCUACAGUCUCUUGAUGCCUGUGAUGAGUCAGUUUGUUCCUGGUCUCGACAAAGGCAAAGGAAUGUAUUUCUUGUUCAUCAAGUCCGAAUCCAAGACACCUGGAGGCCUCCCUGCUCGUCCUGUCUUAACCAGCUACUACAAAUCUUCCCAUUUCAAAGAGAGACCUUACGACCCUUACACCAACUACACUAGCCCCAACGAGGCCAUCCUUUGCUCUGACUCUUACCAAAGCAUGUAUUCUCAGAUGCUCUGUGGCUUAUGCCAACACCAGGAGGUUCUUCGAGUCGGAGCUGUCUUCGCCUCUGGAUUCAUCAGAGCCAUCAAGUUUCUUGAGAAGCACUGGACCGAGUUGGUCCGUGACAUCAGAACCGGUACACUAAGUGCCUUGAUAACAGAUCCUUCAGUGCGUGAGGCUGUCGCCAAGAUCCUUAAACCUAGCUCAAAGCUCGCUAAUUUCGUGGAGUUUGAGUGCAAGAAAUCGUCUUGGCAAGGGAUUAUCACUAGGCUGUGGCCUAACACAAAGUAUGUGGAUGUGAUCGUGACUGGGACAAUGUCUCAGUACAUUCCAACUUUGGAUUACUACAGCAAUGGCUUGCCUCUUGUCUGCACAAUGUAUGCUUCUUCCGAGUGUUACUUUGGUGUGAACCUCAGGCCACUCUGCAAACCCAGCGAGGUCUCUUACACGCUCAUACCAACCAUGGCUUACUUCGAGUUCUUGCCUGUUCAUAGAAACAACGGUGUGACUAACUCCAUCAACCUUCCUAAAGCACUCACUGAGAAAGAGCAACAAGAGCUUGUUGAUCUAGUUGAUGUCAAGCUCGGUCAGGAGUAUGAGCUUGUUGUCACCACUUACGCCGGGCUUUGCAGAUACAGAGUUGGUGAUUUGUUGAGAGUGACUGGUUUCAAAAACAAAGCGCCUCAAUUCAGUUUCAUAUGUCGCAAGAAUGUGGUCUUGAGCAUAGAUUCCGACAAGACCGACGAGGUUGAGCUUCAGAACGCGGUCAAGAACGCAGUGACACACCUCGUCCCAUUCGAUGCCUCACUCUCUGAGUACACAAGCUAUGCAGACACAAGUUCUAUCCCGGGCCACUAUGUCUUGUUUUGGGAACUAUGUUUGGAUGGAAACACACCGAUCCCUCCUUCGGUCUUUGAAGAUUGCUGCUUAACCGUAGAAGAGUCACUCAACACUGUUUAUAGGCAAGGAAGGGUUAGUGACAAGUCCAUAGGCCCGCUAGAGAUCAAGAUUGNACUAAGUGCCUUGAUAACAGAUCCUUCAGUGCGUGAGGCUGUCGCCAAGAUCCUUAAACCUAGCUCAAAGCUCGCUAAUUUCGUGGAGUUUGAGUGCAAGAAAUCGUCUUGGCAAGGGAUUAUCACUAGGCUGUGGCCUAACACAAAGUAUGUGGAUGUGAUCGUGACUGGGACAAUGUCUCAGUACAUUCCAACUUUGGAUUACUACAGCAACGGCUUGCCUCUUGUCUGCACAAUGUAUGCUUCUUCCGAGUGUUACUUUGGUGUGAACCUCAGGCCACUCUGCAAACCCAGCGAGGUCUCUUACACGCUCAUACCAACCAUGGCUUACUUCGAGUUCUUGCCUGUUCAUAGAAACAACGGUGUGACUAACUCCAUCAACCUUCCUAAAGCACUCACUGAGAAAGAGCAACAAGAGCUUGUUGACCUAGUUGAUGUCAAGCUCGGUCAGGAGUAUGAGCUUGUUGUCACCACUUACGCCGGGCUUUGCAGAUACAGAGUUGGUGAUUUGUUGAGAGUGACUGGUUUCAAAAACAAAGCGCCUCAAUUCAGUUUCAUAUGUCGCAAGAAUGUGGUCUUGAGCAUAGAUUCCGACAAGACCGACGAGGUUGAGCUUCAGAACGCGGUCAAGAACGCAGUGACACACCUCGUCCCAUUCGAUGCCUCACUCUCUGAGUACACAAGCUAUGCAGACACAAGUUCUAUCCCGGGCCACUAUGUCUUGUUUUGGGAACUAUGUUUGGAUGGAAACACACCGAUCCCUCCUUCGGUCUUUGAAGAUUGCUGCUUAACCGUAGAAGAGUCACUCAACACUGUUUAUAGGCAAGGAAGGGUUAGUGACAAGUCCAUAGGCCCGCUAGAGAUCAAGAUUGUUGAGCCAGGAACGUUUGAUAAACUCAUGGAUUAUGCAAUCAGCCUGGGAGCAUCGAUUAAUCAGUAUAAGACACCAAGAUGUGUGAAGUUUGCUCCGAUCAUCGAGCUAUUGAACUCAAGGGUUGUUGAUAGUUACUUCAGCCCCAAGUGUCCUAAAUGGGUUCCUGGUCACAAACAGUGGGGAAGUAACUAAGAUCAAGGAAUGUGAAGAGACUCUCUUUGAGGUAGAAGGAUUGGGACUUGCAAAUGAUGUCUUCUCUAAUCUUAAUGUUAGUUUAAUUUUUAGUUCUUUUUUUUUGUUGUUUCUUUUAGUAAUGCUUUUCAAUAUGGAUAGUCCCUCUGGAUUUGAAAACCAGUUGUACAAAAGGCAAAAUCAUGUUUUCUCCAACCAACUCUAUGUUUCUUCUCUCCA